GACUCUAUUAUAAAUAUGACAGAGGGUGCGACGAUAGCCCACUCAGAUCUGCUAUUCUUCAAGAAAGAUCUGCAGCAGACAGAGAAGCAGUCGGAAGCAGAGAGAAACAUGGCAAGACUGCUCGCAGCGGUGUGUGUUCUGCUCACUCUGCACAUCGCUUCAUCUAGCAAGCUGGUGUGUCACAUGACCAACUGGGCCCAGUACAGGCCUGGUAGUGCUGCAUUCACCCCAGAGAACAUCGACCCGUUCCUGUGCACCCAUGUCAUCUAUGCUCUGGCCACCAUCAACGACUUCAACCAGAUCGUCACAGUAGAAUGGAACGACCAGCAGAUGUAUUCCAGCCUUAAUAGCCUCAAGAAUGUAAAUCCUUCACUGAAAACUCUGCUGUCUGUUGGAGGCUCUGUCAACGGAAUCAGUCCAUUUAUCCCCAUGGUCGCCAAACCUGAGAGCCGUGCCGCCUUCAUCAAAUCUGCUAUCAGCUUCCUGCGCAACUACAACUUUGAUGGGCUAAAUCUGGCCUGGGAAUAUCCUGGACACAACGGCAGCCCAAUGCAGGAUAAAGAGAGGUUCACCCUGCUGGUCUCGGAGUUGUCCCAGGCAUUCAUAGAUGAAGCCACUGAAAACAAGAAAACGCAGCUCCUCCUUUCAGCCAAUGUUGCUCCACUACCCUCAUCUGUCGACAAAGCAUACGAGGUCAACAAGAUUUCCCCUCAUUUGGAUUUCUUGAAUGUCUUGACCUAUGACUUCCAUGGAUCUUGGGAGCCAGUUACAGGACACAACAGCCCAUUGUACCGCAGUGCCGUGGACACUGUCUCACAAAUGCAUUACAACAUUAAUUCUUCAAUAUCUCACUGGCUGUCUCUGGGAGCAGCAGCUGAUAAACUGCUGUUGGGUUUCCCCACCUAUGGACGGACCUAUCAGCUCAGUGGAUCAGCAAAUGGGCUCGGGGCGCUGGCCAGUGGCCCUGCAGAUGCUGGACCCUACACCCGCACUGAAGGACUCUGGGCAUUCUAUGAGGUCUGUGACUUCACCAAUAGUGCAACUGUUUCCUGGAUCGACGAACAGGCGGUACCUUAUGCAACCUACGGCAAUGCUUGGGUGGGCUUUGAUGAAGAGCGCAGCUUUUCCUCCAAGGUUCAGUGGAUGACUGCCAACAACCUGGGAGGUGCUCAUGUGUGGACUCUGGACAUGGAUGACUUUAGAGGGUCUUUCUGCUCAGAUGGAGCUUAUCCGCUCAUCAACCAUCUCAGGAUGUCCAUGGGUUUUGCUCCAAAGCCAACAACAACUCCUCGCCCCACCACCACCAGAGACCCUAUUGCUGACUUUUGCUACGGUCGCCCUGAUGGACUUUAUGAGAACCCAACUGAUGAGACCACCUACUUCCAGUGCUACAGGGGAAACACCUACCUUCACCACUGCCAGCCUGGACUCAUCUACUGGGACUCCUGCAAGUGUUGUAACUGGCCUUGAGUUAGAAAAGCAUCACCCAGGAAAACAUGCUCCCGGUGCUUGUAGAUGACAGUCAUUGCUUAGUUUCUCAAAUGCCUUCAUAUGUAUCCAUCUACACCGAUUAGCUCGUGUUGUUAAAGUACAAAAGAAAGAAGAUCUGCAUCUAUAAACAUAAUUGGUGAGGCUUCGUUAAUGCUGUGUGUACCAAAAUAAACAAAACUAUUAAACAUUAUUCUGGAUUA